AUGUUGAAAAAGCUUUAUUCUUGGAUAUUCCCACCACCCCUCACGCCUGAAGAACUGGCCCAAGUUGAGCAACAAGUUGAAGAUCUCAUCAAGAAUAACAAUGUGGUUGUCUUUUCAAAGACGUAUUGUCCGUUCUGCAAUAGUGCUAAAGGGCUCUUGAAAAGUCAAAACGUUGAAUUUACUGUGGUAGAGCUUGACCGUGAAACCCACGGUUCUGCCAUGCAAGAUUACCUUGAGAGACGCAGCGGCCAACGCACCGUACCCAACAUCUUCAUCAAGCAACAGCAUCUUGGUGGUUGUGAUGAUCUUAAAGCAGCCGAUAGGGAUGGUCGAUUACAGAAAAUGUUGGCAGCUUAA